AUGUCCACCGCCACCUCCGCUGUCAGCCCCAUUCCCGUCGCCUUCUUCGGGCUCCAGGUCGAGCUCUCGCAGAAGAUCCAGGCGGCCCUCUUGCCCGAGUAUGACGUGGUCCACACCGUCUUCAACCUCGCCGCCGCCGAAGCAGAGCUCCUCCCCCUCCUCCAAGGCGUCAAGACCAUCACACCCUCGUCCAAGCUCGGAAGCAAUGUCGACCGCCCCGCCGCCGAGCGCAAGGUCCCCGUCAUCGUCUUCUUCGCGGGUGCCAUCUCGCCCGAGGACGUCGGCAAGGUGACGGAGCUCGUGAACAAGGUGGCUCCCGGAACGGGCCUGGUGCAGGCGACGAGGGAGGAGGUGAGGGAGGCUGGGGCGACGGGGCCGGAUCCGGUUAUCAUUGCCAAGGUGCUUAAGGGGAAGUUUGGUGAGGUUUUGAAGAAGUGA